UUCAUCGAAUUUGCUUGUUAAAAUGGGCCUGGCUAUGUGUUACAGCUCUCAGAAGAUUGCUAAUUAUAGCAAAUUUAUUACUGUAUACCCUAAAUGGAGAUGUACGGUACGGGCUAGUCCAACAAAUUUGACGCGAUCCUAGGAAAUAUUGAGUUACUUUUCUUAUGGACAAUAAUUCCACUCGAUUAGAUUGCCCGUCACAAAUAUAAAACAAUCUGAAACGUCGAAUUAUUUUGACUACGGUACGUAACGGGUUUUAGAUAGGACUCGAAAAUAGCGUCUAGACAUUUUUGUUUUUAUUUUAUUUUAUUUUUAUUUAAAGUAAGAAUUAAAGCUGUGACAUGUCAUGACAUUUUGUGGAAUUUAAGAAAUUAAGAUGAACAGAACAUUGAGAAUUUUGAAGUAAAUAAGUAAAAAUUAGAAUACAGAUACUGGAAUUCCAUGUUAAAAUUAUGAAUAUGAGUCAGUAUCCCCGAAUGAAUGACAUAAGCAACGCCUAAAGUUAUAUUUCAUUUGUGUUAACAUUUAUACAUACUGGCAUCAAUUAUGUUAUUAAGACAAGAUAAUGAAAUUGAAGUUGAGUUGACAAAUGAUUCAUGAAGAAAAGUCAGUUAAAGUAACUGUGCUUCAGAAGGAAUCACGGCAAAAGUUAAGUAAAAAUGAUAUCCUUCGAUCAUCUGUUUUGACGCUCAUGAGUUUUGACGCCCUUAUUUAUUUUGCUGUUAAAUAGGUAUAAGUGACCUUUUAUGAUGCCAAAUUACACACGUUUGCAAAGCAGGCAAUAUCUUACAUUGCUCAAAUAAAACAUUAAUGCAUUCAACAGAUUUACAGUAAGAUUAUAUUAUCGUUUCGUACUUUGGUGUAUUUUUAUGUCUUUUUAAUAAUGCAAAAAUCUCCAAUCCUUUAAAAACCUAAUUCUUACAGAAGCAACUGGUCAGGAAUUCAGAUCUUGGUUUUCUCUUUCCCCCAGCUAUUUUUCAAAGUCACAAGACAGUUCUUUGACUGAAAUUUUGAAUAAAGUUUAGAAUUUUCACUCUCCUGUAGGCUAUACACCUUGUAUCAUUUGAAAACAUUAAAUUAAUUUAAUUGAAUAUGGUUUUGCUGCUCUUUGGCAAAUCUUGUUGUAAAUAAAGAAGGUCAUGUUUCUAAUAGGUUUUCACUGAAAGUACCAAAGUUAGAUGUGUUAGAAAGGGUUAUAUAUUUUUGUGUCCUCACUGUUUUGAUAAUGAAUGACUGCUAGCCUCCUUGUACCAAUUAUCGAACGCUACCAUCUCUCGAUUGAUUUCAAUAUAUCAUCGAAUUACCGCUCUUUGCAAAGGUACUUUACUAAUCUAUUGGCAUUUUCAUUGUUUUUUUGCCAGUUUUGAGCAAAGUAUUGGUUAGUGUUUUAUAGAAUAUUUUAUUCAUAUCCUUUUCUAACUGACAAAGUACACUGACCUCAUAAAAUUUACAAGAAAAUCUAAUUAUUUAUGUUUUGAUAUGUUUCCCGUCUGUCAGAUCUAACACAUACGUGUGUACAAAUUUUCUCAUUUUGAUGAGACUACAUAUAAACUUACGGACUAUUUAAAUAAAUGCAUUAAAUUUUAUUGCUGAAAUAUUUUUGUUUUGGGUCAUGACACCGUAAAGGCAGUACUGGUGAAAGGUCGAGAAUUGGUUCUUUGUAGAAUGUGAUUAUCGAUCAAACUUACCUACAUGUACAUACCUGUAUUACGUCAUGUAGUAGAAGUGAACAUCCCAAAAUAGAAUACACAGCUUUGAAAAGGGUCAGUCUACCAAUCAAUGUCAAUAUCUUAUAUUUGAUUAUUUUUUAACCUAUAUAAUUACCACAAAAUAGUGUAAAACUGGGUCGAGAGAUGGUACAUGGAGGCUAUUAACAAUAUGUAAAGUGAAUAAAAAAGAUCACAUUUUACAAAGAAAUAGUAAAAAGGUCACUUAAAAAGAUUAAUAUUAAUUUGAUUAUUGUCCUUUUAAGUUUCAGGUCUCGACUGCAUUCACAUAGAAUUAUACCAGCCAAAUAUGAUUUUGGCCAUAUAGGCUCCAGAAAAGUAAAGUUUUGGUUAAGAGAGCAAGCCAAUCAAAAGGCGUCAUUUCUCAUGAGCCUUAAAAAUAUGGAUGCCUCGAUGGUCAGUCAGCAAUAAUACAAAUAUUGACACCUUUUUGCCCACAAAAUUCACAAAAGAAGAAUAAAAUAAAGUGAGACAUGCCAUAGUUUAUAACAACACUAUUUAUUGGUUUAAUUUAUCUAUAUUACUAAUGAAAUACAUGUUAGACUGCUUAAGGGCGUCAAAACUAAUGACUCUAGGAUACAAAAUAAUUUGAAAUAAGCCCCUAUGCUAAUCAAAUUAACAAAUAUUUUAUCGAAGUAUUCUUCAGUGCCUAUUAAAAUUGUUGAAGAUCAAAAAGUCUUAAUUAUGUUCGGAAAUGAUCUGGUCAAACUGCCCCAUUUAAUUUAGAAUUUGAUCAUAACACCCAUAAAAACAUCCCCUAUUAUGUUUUUAUAUCUUUCAACUUAUUUUUUAAUUGCUUGUAUAUCUUUAAAUAUUUUACCAUAGAUUAUUGCCCAAAAGUUAAUUGAAGUCAUAAAGUGAGGCCUUGAGAGUGUACAUUUGUAUUUUGGUAAAAACAUCCGGUUUUAACAUGAAUGUGUAUGUAUAGGGGUGGGGGAUACUGACCAGGAAAAAGGGGUGUUUUGACCAAAAUGUAGGUGCUUUGACUAGGAGAUGUUUUGACUAACAUCCUUUAUGUUUAUGGUUUUUGAUAGUAUGUCUGAACUGAUUCAGAAAUAUUUUCGUGACAGGGCAGAAUCGCUCUCUUUAUAUCAAAACCAGUAAAGACCUUUUCUGUGGUGUGAAAAUAGAUUUAGGUAAAAACACAAUAAUAUACUUAAAACGAUGAAAUCGUAAAACAAAAUAAAACUGAAUCAUUAUAUGGUUUAAACAUAACAGUAAAACACGUUAAUAAAGUGUAAACACUAUAUGUUUCAUUUGGCUACCUGACUGAAUUUACAUGUUCGCCAUUACACUCGGUACUGCUGACAGUGCGGUUGGUUGUUAUCGAUAAUGUGACACAAAGCUGAGCCAUGUAAAAUGUGUGUAAACUUUAGGGUGCGUUGUUUAAAACAGUGACAAAGUUGUGUUUUGCCGUUUAUUCACAUAAACAACUAUUGAAUGGAAGGAAAAGAUGGAUAUUCUUUCCAGAUUGUCAUUUCUGUAAAUAGCAAUUUGUCACAGAACGAAGAGAAGUACAAAUGAAUGACCUAAGCCAUGAAAUGAAACUGUGUAGUAGGUGAUGAUAGAAGAAUGAUAUUUUCAAAGUUAUUAGUAUUGGUACUAUGCUGUCAGUUAUCAACACAUUCCUGUGCAACAUUUAAUUGUGAUUUUUCCAACCGCUGCCAUCCGUACGGAUCAUCUUGGUGGGAUAUUCAUGCAAACAUCUGCCUUCGUUGUUCUAAUGGAAAAAAGUACCAUUGUGCAAGGGAUUAUGAUUCACCCUAUGGAUUCAGGGAGGGUUGUGCUGUAGAGAAAAUUUGCCCUGCAGGAGAAGAACCACGUAUAAGUUUCAAAGAAAGUGGCAAGGCAGUGACUGAACCUGUGGUCUAUUGUGAUGCGUGUUAUGACACUGAUUACUAUAACAGUAAAAGCAGACCAUCUUCUGAGUACUCAGAAUGCCCAGAUAAAAAAUGGAAUGAUUGUUCAAAAGAGAAACACAAGAUUCUUUGUAAACCCGAUGACUCCACAGAUGAGCGUUUUUGUCGAUGUGAUGCAAGGAAUGGGUAUUCUCCCUACAAUGACCUUAGUAAUGAAAAAUGCAGCUUUAAAGACUAUGACUGUAGAGAUUAUAAAAAAUGUCAUGAUCUUCCAAGCGGUAAACCACAACAGUUACUUUUAAAUUAUACAUGUGCUGAACGCUGUGAUGAAGGAUUUGACCGGCGUGAUGAGAACUCUGAUGUCUGUCUACCUAUCCCUCAAUCGACAACAACCAGAAAACCAACUUCAGUAAGCUCAACUAAACAAGAAAUAACCUCGACUACUGUGGCUCCCACCAAAGCUCCAGUACCAACCACAACACUGAAGCUUGAAUGUGAUGAAGAAUGUGAUGACUACAGUAUCUGUUACAAUGGGACGUGUGUAUGUCCAGACUCAUGUCCAGUUACUGAUGAACCAGUCUGUGGUUAUAAUGCUGAGUCCGAUGAAUAUAGGACAUUUUCUUCCAAGUGUGAUCUGGAGAGGAUCUACUGUGUACAAAAACAGUAUGAUUUUAAGUCUGAAGGUGAAUGUGAAACAAGUGGAAGCAAUCCAGAUCACAUUGGUGCUGCAGUUGGUGUAUCACUUGCAUUUAUGAUCAUCUCCAUUAUAGCUUUCUGCAUCUUUUAUAAGUCACGACGUGGACAGGAUUGCAGAAGGAAGUUUUGGCCAUAUUCAGCUACAUUCUUUGUGAAAAUCAAAUUUACCAGUUUACAAUUCACUGAAGAGAUGCGAGCUGCUGGCCAUGAUGUUGGACGACUUGCCAUUACAAGAGAGCUGGAGACUGCCUUGGAGAACCUUUUCAAUUCAUUGCGUGGUUGUUUUCAAGUACGAAUUCUACAUUUUCAGUAA